CCUAGGACUAGUUUUAUACUGCUGGUACUUUGUUACAGUAUAUAACUUCUUUCUAGCCAUGGCUGAGGAUGGUGCAUAUACAGCUGCCUUUAACGAAAAAUUUCGAGAAGAGUUUGUCAAGUGUGUUGAUGUAAUGGACUUCAUUGUGGCUUUAGGAAACACACUUACAAGUAGUGAUGAGGAAAAAAUAAAAGCCGUUUUUAAAACAGAGGGCAACACAUCAGCUGCCGUGUGUCUCUGUGAAAGGUUGUUUCGUAGACCAGACUGGAAAGACAAUAUUGUGAAGGCGCUUAGGUCAGAUGAAAUAAAGCAAGAUGACCUGGCGAACAGGAUGAAAAAAGAAUUCAAAGCAAUCAAGUCUAGUUACGCCAUGGCUGAGGAUGGUGCAUAUACAGCUGCCUUUAACGAAAAAUUUCGAGAAGAGUUUGUCAAGUGUGUUGAUGUAAUGGACUUCAUUGUGGCUUUAGGAAACACACUUACAAGUAGUGAUGAGGAAAAAAUAAAAGCCGUUUAUAAAACAGAGGGCAACACAUCAGCUGCCGUGUGUCUCUGUGAAAGGUUGUUUCGUAGACCAGACUGGAAAGACAAUAUUGUGAAGGCGCUUAGGUCAGAUGAAAUAAAGCAAGUUGACCUGGCAAACAGGAUGAAAAAAGAAUUCAAAGCAAUCAAGUCUAGUUACGAAAGCAUCAAUUUAUCGCCGAACUCAUCAUCUCAUGCAGAUGCUUCCAACUUAAAUGUCGACCAGAACAUGCAGUUGCCACAAACACCACAGGGCACUCCGCAUAUAAAUAUAAAUUUAAGUUUUUACCAAGGAGCAAGACCAAAGGAAAACCAACUGGUUUUUGGCUACACAUCACCAACUUCAGCUAAUUCAGCAGUGUUUGGAGGUAGUAGACUUGCAACUAAUUUUUCUAAUGCGGUAACAGCAUUUCCAGAGAAAGAUAUGAACAUUAUUCCACUAAAAAAGUAUGAAGAGCAGCUUGUUGCAGAUGCUCUAGAUGGUAAACAGAAGAAUGUUCUGAUAAUUGUUCCAAAUGGAGAUGAAACUAGAAGCAGGAUUCCAGCCCAUAUCUGUACAACCCAUCUGCAGAACCCAGGAGAAGAUUGUGUGAAGAAGCCUAAAGCCGUCUGUCUUACAACAACCAACACGAAUUGGUUUGGCAGUCUUCGGAGCACCAUCAAGAUUGAAAGUAUUCUUGAUGACCAGAAGAAUAUAACAGCAGAAUGUCUGAAAGAUAAUGAUGUCAUACUCUCAACUCCUGAGAUUUUCAAAAAAGCUCUGAACUCAAAAGCAUUAACCUUCAAAGACCUCACUCUACUGAUCCUAGAUGAUUGCCACUUGAGUAGCCAGACUCAUCAUCCGUACCGUUCCAUUAUGGAAUCAUACCUUAAGGAAAAAUUAGCAGCUAAUUCAGCUAUGACACAAGUAGUUGGCUUGACAACUAGGGAAAGCUUACAAAAUCAGGGAGAUAUGAAAGAAGCUGCAGAUAAUCUGAGCAACUUAAUGGGUGCCCUUGAUGCUAUGUGCAUUUCAGCUGUAACAGAAGAGUCCACAAAAGAGGAGUUGUACAAACAAAUCUAUCCAAAAAUCUCAAAUUCUUCCGUUGUUGGAAGACGCCAAGAUAAUACAUUUUGCAGUGUAAUUAGUGAGAUGAUGUCGAAAAUUGAGCAAAAACUGGAUAUGAAUACUGAACCGUCACAGCGCUAUUCUGAGGAGUAUGGGAAUCGCAUCUUAGAAUUGAGCAAACAGGAGGAGGAAAAACAGGACAAGAAAAUUGAAAAUGAAAGAUCUGUUCUUUUGAAACAUUUAUCCAUCUAUAAUGAAGUUUUACAGAUGAAUGAAAAAAUGAGGACCAAGGAUGCUUUUGCCUUGUUGAAAAUAUUCUACAGAGAACAUGGUGAUGACAAUGAAUGGCUUGACGAUCUCUAUCAAGAACACUCAAGUGAACUUCAUAAGCUAUCUAGAGAAGGAGAUGGCAAGUAUGAAAAUCCUAGACUUGCUCAUUUGAAGAGGGAAAUUUUGAAAAAGAGUGGUGGUGAUUUUAAGGCAAUAAUUGUCAGUGAGCACCGCCAGGUUCGGGAAGCUCUUUACGAUUGGUUGAAGAAAAGUCCUGAUUUCAAGAAUCUAACAACCAAAUCAUUGAGUAUCACUGACAAAUCAAGUGAAAUAGAGAGCUUCAAUGCUGAACAAAGACUGCUACUCUUGUCAUCUACUGAAUUAAAAGAUGCGAAACUGACUGGUGUGAAAAUGGCAGUAAUCUUCAGCUCCACCAAGGACGGGAUCCAUAUCUUCCAAUCAGAAGACGAUGCCACUAAAGAACUGCUUGAUCUGGUGGCAGAGUUACAGUUCAAUGAAGUAGUAAAAAGUCUUCAGGACUUACCUGAGUCUGUAAAGGAAAAAAGCAAUCUAAACAAGAAGCUUGAGAUAUUGGGAGUAAAUAGAGAGGUCAAAGAACAAAACGUAUCUAAAAUUAAUCCAUCGGAGAAAGCUGUGAAAGAGGUAACAGAUAAAUGUUAUUCAUUUGAUACAAAUGUCAGAGGUCAAACAAGUGAGGAGGUAAAAUCUUCAACAGCCAGCAGUGUGAAUAUCGAAAGCAAAGUGUUUACGGAGAAAGAAAAGACGUGUUCCUCAGUCAGUGCGAGUAGUAAAGCAAUCGAGAAGGGAAGUACAAAACAUAUACCAAGCAAGAGUUACAAAGUUGAUAUGAAUGCCAGUAGUCAAGGUAAAAAAGUUGAAAAUCCAAGUCGGUUAUCAAAGUAUGAGCUUUACUGCCGAGGGGGCACAGGUGAUGGAAAAUGUAAUGUUUUUGUUUGCUCACUCAGCGAAAUUCGCUUAUUGUGGGAAUCAAAUCAUGUAUACAAUGAGUUCUAUUGGAAUUGGAGUAAAAUCAAUGUUAAAGUUCACCAUGAUGAAAAGAAAAAAAAGUAUAAUACAAAGAAGAUCUACUGCGAAGCAUGUGGUGCCGAUUGGGGCAACACUUUCAAACGCUACCCUUGCUUGAAACUAAAAAACUUUAUUGUCAGGUUUCCUAAUGGGGAGCGGAAGGCUUUCUCACAGUGGAAAUUACUUGAUGUUUCAAUUCCACCAAUAGAGAACCAGUAGGAAUAUAGAUGGUUGGCACUUUUUGGGCUCAUAUCUCAGUGUUCCAUUUCAUUUCUAUCCUUUGGCAAGAUACUUUAUCUUCUCACAGGCCAUCUCAGAGAUUCUAUGCAUAAUAUCAAAAUAUGAGUAAAAAUCCAGAUUAUCAAAUUUUUUUUGACAAAAAACUGUUGUAUGCCAAUAUAUAGUCAUGAUGUGCCUAUAUAUGGUCAUGGUAUGAUGUCAUCAUUACCAUAUUUAGGCAUGUCACAUGUUUUUGUCAAAUACAAUUAGAUAGUCUGGACAGAGCUCAAGUCAAUUCAAAUUUCAGUUGUUCAAUUCACAGAAUACUUUAUUUUCAUAUUUAUAAUCAAGAUUAUUAGUUUACAUAUUAAGUGUGUGCAUGAGUUUUAAUAUUUAGUUAGAGAAUUCUAUAAAUCUGUGGAUCACAUAGUUAAAUAUUCUUUUAUCUUGGUAAGUAUUUGAUUAUUGAUUUUACUAUGUGUACAUUGAAGUAAAUAUCUUAUUUUUUUGGAUUUUUUUUUUCCAUUUAAUUAAAUAAAUUGGAUUCCAUUUACUAUAGUUUUAAGUAAAAAAAGAAAUUUAUGUCCUGUAAUUAGGUAAAUAAUUUUGAUGGGUCUAUGUAGUACAGUACAGUACUUAAAUAGUAUCAUUGCUACUUUAUUAACCAUCAAUAGUGGAUUCAGGAAUUUGGAAUAGAGAGGGCUUAGGGAGCGACUUUCACAGAUUGAGGGUCUGUAUCACUUUAGCCCCACCAUGGUUGGGGCUGAGGCAAGAAAAUUUAUGAUUAUGGCACCUGGCUGGAAAUGGCAUCCUCAGACUUAAAAUUUGAAUAUAAUUUUUUUUUUUUCUUUCUCCGUUUUUUUUUAAACUUUGAAAAGUUUAGUGGGGGAGCUGGCCAGCUGCUACCCUCCCCCCUGAAUCAAUCACUGAUCAUAUGGAGGAAAUAUGAUCAUAUUUAAUUGUAUUUACAUACCAUUUUGAAGGUAAUGGGUAGAAAAAAUAAGAUAAGAUUUGUCAACAAAAAAUAAUUAAUGAUAGGCCUAUAGUUAGUGCAAUUGCCAACAUAUUAGUAGUACAAUAUGUAAAGAAGGUCACAGCAAAAUAAAAUAUAAAAAAAAAAUUAAUAAAUAAAAUAAGUUUCACAUUACGGUGUAUUAAUUUUAGCAUUAAGCUGUAAGUAAUUCAUCGAUGUAUAACACAAACUGCCUGUCUUUCUUAGUCAGUGUCAAAAUGGUACAGUAGUAUAUUUUUACUGUUUUUAUCCCAAAAAAUCUUUUUUAAAUAUUAAAAUGUGUAUGUUCUAAAUGCCCAAAUGAUGUACAUUUUUCGAAAUUUUCUUUAAAAAUGCAUUGACAUUUUUAUUAGUUUUUAAAAAAUCUAAUGACAUAUUUGAAAUACUGAUUUCAAUUAAAUUUAUGGGCUCAUGAUAUUAAAGAAUAUGUGAUAGGAAAGGAUGCUUUACAUACCAAUCUAAAUAGAAUCAGGUUGUGGCAUUUGGAUAGUGACCCAGUCUGAAUUUUAAGACUUGCUUUUCUUUUUGUAUUUGUAUUCUGAACGUUUUAUUCAAAGAAUGAAUAUCAUGCUCUGUCGAGACUACAAAGACAUAUGUCAACCAAUGACACAGAUGUAAGCCAACAUCUUCACUAAUAUGUUUUCAAUACAGAAUUUCUUUUUGCGAUUACUGUGAUAUUUUACUGAAUAAAUAAUGAUUAUUGAUUUUAAAA